AUGGACCGCCGCCGCGCUCCGGGGCUCUCCUCGCUCUCCUCACGCGGUCUACAGAAUCACCACUACACGUCCCAUGGCGCCACGCUCCGCACCCGCAAUGCAGACUCGCUCUCCACCCAACUCUCCGUCUUCCAAUCCCUCGUCCACAACUUCGCCGUCACACACUCCAAGGACAUCCGCGCCAACCCCGCUUUCCGCGCCGAGUUCGCGCGCAUGUGCUCGGCGCUGAACAUUGACUUCCUCGCAUCGUCGUAUCACCGGGACAGCAAAGAUGGCAAGGCGAGCGGGGGAGGCGGCGAGAGCAUCUGGGCACAGCUGCUGGGCGGGAGCGUGAACGACUUCUACUUCAACCUGGGCGUCUUGAUUGUCGAGGAGUGUCGGGCCACGAGAUCAGAAAACGGCGGGCUGAUAAGCGUCUCUGAUCUCAAAGCACGCAUAUCCAAAUCACAGCGCAUCGGUGGAAGCAUGCAAGUGAGCGAUGACGACAUCAAGCGCGCCGUAGACUCGCUCGCUCCGCUUGGUUCGUGCUUCUCCAUCAUGAAGAUCGGACACAGAAGCUUGAUAAGAAGCGUGCCCAAAGAGUUGAACACGGACCAGAGCACGGUGCUCGAAGCCAUACAAGUUCUCGGCUACGUCACAGUAUCCAUGCUGCAGCUGAAUCUCAACUGGGAGAGACCUCGGGCCCAUGCUGUCGUCGAAGACCUCAUGGCAGACAGUCUGGUAUGGGUAGAUACACAAGCUGGGGAGAAUGAAUACUGGAGUCCGGCCUUCCUGACUGCGGCCGCGGGAGAUGUGACAUUAUGA